AUGGUAAAUACUAGAGGUUACACGGCAGUCCCAAACGUUGAACAGCCAACCAGUAACUCACAAGAUGUGCCGACUACACCCGUAUCUGAGCCUGAUAUGGAAAUGCCAAUAGAGCCUCCCGUAUAUGUAGAAGAGAUGGGCGUAGAAGAACCUCGGGUAUCGGAAGCCUUUAGUGAAAAAGUUCAACGGUUCCGAAUAUGUUUCGAAAAUAAUGUAGUGAUUCCAGUGAAGGAAAAGGUAGUGGAUCCACUAGCGCAAAUAAUGUCUCUGAUGUCUGAAAAGUUUGAUUUGAUUUUGAGCAAGUGUGGUAAUGUUUUGGUAAUGAAAAGGAUAUUUUACCUUGUGUUAAUGUCUAUUGUGACAGCUUUGAUCAUCUCCAGUGAUAAAUUACCCAAUGGAACAGCCCGGGGUUCAAGUGGAUUAUUCUCAGACCACGAACUCCUACUACAGUACGCCAAGAAGUCUAUUGACCUUUCAAAGAUAGAGAGAGAUUUGGAGUAUAUUAGUAGUAUGCCUCACAUGUCAGGAACAAGCGGAGAUGCAGCUGUUCGACAUUACAUCAGAGAAUCAUUUGAUAAAAAUGGUAUAAAGCUGGCUGGAGAGGAAGAAUUCAUGGCAUAUUCGAAUUAUCCAGGAAACGCUUCACUUUACGUGUACCCGAGGGGUAAUUCAGAAGGAUUUGGCAUCCCAUUAAAUGAAGAAAAUUUCAACCCAAUGAGUCGCAAUGGUGAAUUCAGAAACACAGCCGUAAUCUAUGGUAACAAAGCAUCAUUGGACGAUAUGGUUUCUCUAAAAGAUGGGGGGGUCUUAAACGGAGACUUCAUUUUACUUUUACAUUACGGAGAUUAUGUUUUCCAGCAAAUGAUGAGGGCGCAGGAGUAUGGCGCUAAAGCGGUUAUCUUCAUUUCUGAACCAUACAAAGAUAACAAAGAUGUGGUACAAAUGAAAUCUGUUGCCUUACCUCAAAACGGUACUGGUGACGCACUUACGCCCGAGUGGGAAGGGUCCAUUAGGGACCCGAUUGAUGUCGAUGACGCUAGAUAUCUGCCCAAGAUUCCAUCAAUACCGAUAUCUACUAAUCAAGGCGAAAAAAUUCUAUCUACAUUAUCUGACACUGGUGUGAAAUUUUCGAACAAUUUAUAUAGUGGGUCUCCCAAUGACUGUCUAAUCGAUCUGCUGGUGGAAACAGCGACUAGGGAACGACAUCCGGUUCACGACAUAGUGGGUAAAAUUGAAGGGUCAGAGCAAAACGGAAUGGCAAUUGUUAUUUCCGCGCCAAGGAACUCUGUUAGCUUUGGUACUACGUAUCCUUCUUUUGGGACUGUUGUCUUGUUAUCUCUAAUUCAAUUGUAUCAAGAAAUGGUUUACAAAUUCGACUGGAAACCCUUAAGAAAUAUUUACUUCAUUUCCUUUGGUGGUUCAGAGUUUAAUGAAGCAGGAGCCACAGAAUUGAUGGAGAAGAGAGCAGAAGUACUGAAGAAUGAAAUAUACACCCUAAUCGACGUAGGCCAGGUUGGCAUAUGGGAUGAUAGUAACAUUUUGGACGUACAAUGCCAUCCGUUACUAGCAGACUUUUUCCAAAAGAAUGGUACCAGCCGUGGUCUCGAUGUUCAGGUGGAUAACAUUCAUCAGUUCGGUGACUGGACGCCGUACCUGGCACGGGGAAUGCCCGUUGCCAUUAUUUCAUCGCCUAGUGUGAUGAACAGAAAGCUUCCUAUAGGCACCGUAGAAGAUACGUUCGAAGCCGUCAAGGAUACAUUGCGAGAUAAAAAUAAGGGUGAAAUGCUCUCUGAAAUGAUGCUCUAUCUUGUUGAAAAAUCACUCGAGCUCAUCGACGACCCAAUGAUCCCAUUCAGUGUAUCAAAUUACGCAGAUUUCCUUUCAAAUACCUUGAAGGGUAUUCAGAAAGAGUGUCCCGAUACCGUGAACUUUGACGAGGUAUUUUCAGGUACGGCGCUAUGGAAAAACACCGAACUACAGUUCAAUACGUGGAAGAGCGGGUGGGCGGACCUAAUGUAUGGUAGCAGCACUUCUAUAGAGCCCACCAUCAUAGCCAUUAACCGUUGGUCGUGGAACUACUUACUGUCCCGGAUUGGUAUCACCCAGUGCUUGGAGAAAGGGUUACCGGAAAGGACGUUUUACAAGAACGUUAUCCUCGGUCCCAAGCUCUGGGUGCAGAAAGAUGACCCACUUCGCUCAUGGACUUUUCCUGAAAUCAGAGAUUCUAUUGCCAUCAAAGACUGGGUUUCCGUACAGGAACAACUCAACGCCUUAGGCACGAUGUUGCAGAACACAGCUCGUUAUUUCCUUGGGAACAAAAACCUCCGCGAAAUAAACACUAAUAAUUACUAG